UAAGAUUUUAUUAAAAAAAAUCUUAAACAGAAUUCAGUGAUGCUGAAAAAAAGAGUGAGAGUGAGAGGAGCAAAAUGGAGGAGGAGAGGAGAAUGAGGAAAGAAAAAGAGGAGAGAGAAGGAGUGAAAUUGGAGGAAUAUCAGAGACUUCUCGAUGCGUUGAAUUCUGAUCCAGAAGAAAUGAAAAAGAAACUCGCGGAAACUUCUAGAAAAGUUUCUCUGCUACGAGCAAACGAAAAAACCCUAAUUCGAAAAAAUAAAGCACUUGAAGCUACAGAAGAACUUUUAAUAAAAGAAAGAAAUAAUUUACGAAAUGAAUCUUUUCUUAUUGAAAAAGCUGUAUCUGAAAGAAUUGGUUAUUUAGAGCGACAUAAAGAAAUGUCCGCGUUUAAAAUAGCAUCUUUACAACGCGCUUUGGAGGGUACUUCCCCCGAAUCGGAACUAUUAGCAGCAAACAAAAGAUUUGACGAGAUGACGUCGAAAUACAGAGACCUCUUACAAAAGGAAAACCAAUUUGUGAUUGACAACAUUAAACACACGGGCUUACAGGAGGAGCUAAAGAUUGCCGUAGAAGCAGUUGCAUCUUUGAAACAGGACCUUUCCAUUGAGAAAGAGAAGAGACACACGCUAGAGGAAGCACAAAGAAAAAUGGGAGAAGUUACGAAAGGAUUUAAUUCUGCUAAUGUGGAUAUGACUUCCGCCAUACAAAAGGUAUGUGACUAUUUUAUUUUGGACAUUUUUUUUGAAAUAUAAAAUUUUAAAUGGUCAUUUAUACAUUUUUAAAUGA